UGAUGACGUCACGACGCACGGCGACGUCAGUUCCUCAGUUCGAGCGCAUCGUCGGUCCGGCAGGCAGGAUGUUGCGGCUUCGCUGUAAGACCAAAAAUGGGAGCCACAUAAUGCAGGGUUUGACUCAUCAGUCCUGUGUGCUGGAGUUGAAGAGGAAGGUGGAGGAGCUGACAGGGAUACCUUGUGACGUGCAAAAAAUAAUGGUUGGUUACCCACCAUCCAGCCUUGAUCUUCGAAAUGGAGAUGCUCAUCUAAAGGACUACCCAAUCAAAUCAGGAGACACACUCAUUGUUGAGGAAGAGAAAAACAAGCCAAAGCUUCAGAAUACACCCAUUGUGAAAUCACCACACCUGGAAGCCUCACCUGUGCUGGCACGUCGAGUUGUCCCAGCGGACAACUCCUGCCUUUUCACCAGCGUUUAUUAUGUCGUGGAGGGGGGAGUGUACGAACCCACUUGUGCCCCAGAGAUGCGUGGCCUUAUUGCCCAGAUAGUGUCGAGUGACCCUGCGGCUUACUCUGAAGCGGUGCUGGGAAAAACCAACGAGGAGUACUGCGCUUGGAUAAAACGCGACGAUACCUGGGGAGGUGCGAUCGAGGUCUCCAUCCUGUCCAAGUUUUACCAGUGUGAGAUCUGUGUGGUAGACACUCAGACUGUCCGAGUAGAUAGAUUCGGGGAGGAUGCCGGCUACCACAAACGCGUGAUGCUCAUCUAUGACGGUAUCCAUUACGACCCGCUGCAGAAAGAGAUCCCCGGUUCCGACACGCCGCCUCAAACUAUCUUCUCCACCACAGAUGACAUAAUCUUGGCCCAGGCCCUUGAAUUGGCGGACGAAGCUCGCCGCAAGCGGCAGUUCACAGACGUUAACCGCUUUGCGUUGCGCUGCAUGGUAUGCCAGACGGGCCUGGUGGGACAAAAGGAGGCCCGUGAGCAUGCCAAGGAAACGGGCCACACCAAUUUUGGGGAAGUGUGAAAGUUGUAUGAUGUUUUCUGAGUCGUUAAAAACAACCACCAAACCCCCCUGUGCCCUCUGUCUGGCAACUUUGUUGGUUCGUCUGCUUGUGUGAUCCUCUACCUCACAUUACCCUGUGACAUUAUUGGAGAAUCUGCACACACUGUUCAACCUCAAACAUGUUCAGUAUUACUUUUUAACUGCUGAAAUCUCUUAAAAGUCAGAAACUCUACUGAAGUGCUCCAAUGUCACUAAAAAAGUUGUGUUAGUCUGUUUCAGAUGGGAUCAGUAAAAGUUCGCAAACAAUUCCUAGAGUUUGUUUUGAUUUGUUCUGGUUACUUAACUUUGAGAUAAACCUAAUGGUGGCACAUGUGUUGAGGGAAAGAUUCACCAGAUAGCCACUGGCAAACGUAUGUCAGACUAAACUUGGAUGUGCUAAAGUUCCACUACAAAGCUCUGCAUAGAGUGUAAAACAACCACUACGAAUUAUUUGCACUGCAAUGUGAUUCCAUGUACUGUUGUCUUAAUCACAGCACAGCAAGUAUGACUGUUACUCAUCAUAUUGGUUUUUAUGAUUUUAAUUUUUGUCUUUUGUGGACAGAUUUUAGAAAUUCAUCCAAUAAUGUGACUAUUUGGUUUGACUCAGUUUUUCAAUGUGUAAUGUGUUAUUUCUAAGCUGGAGUCAUCCAUGUACACAUGUGCUUUUAGUGUUAUAACUGAAUUUAUUAAACAGUGGCCACCAAGACUGAGGUUAAGCAUUUUGAAGUAUAGUGUCAUAGAGAAAAUUGUGGUUCAAGUUAGAUCAGCCGUGCUACUUUGCCGUUAUGCUUGUUCUUUUGCUGUAAGAACAAUUGCUGCGCAUUUGGAAAAAUUGAGGCAUUUGAGUGUAACAAAUCAAGGAAAGCUGUGCAGUGCAUUGAUCAGAAAUCUGAAACAAAUCCAAGACUUGCUGGAGGAGAUCUGUUCUACUCAAUGCAUUCACUUUUCAGGGACAAUUUGCAUUAUGUACUUUUUUUUUUCCUUUUUUUUUUUUUUUUUUUUUUAAUCAACAUCAACCAUUUACCUUUUCUUCUACUAUUUAAGUUGGUUUCUUGAAUUAUGAAUACAAGCACAUAUUGGUUUAAUAUGUAUUGUGGGCUAUGCAGACAUUAACACUGUUUCACUGUAUGUUUUGCACAACUGGAAACAUAUUCUCUCAUUUUUAGACAUCUUUUUGCAUGCACCUAAUAUUAAAAAUCACGUCAAAAGUGGAAGAGGCCAUGAAGAUCAUUGUUUUUCUUUUCCUUUUUUAACAUUUUUUAAAGGUACUUUUCAUUGUGGCCUCACAAUGCAGGAGCAGUAUUUGAUGACAGUAUUGAUUACACGUGGAUGCCAAAAACAAAACGUUUUAAAGGGGGUGACAUGAUUGUUUUAAAUAAAAGUUCAAACUCAAAUGGUGGUAGGAUUUAAUGAAAGGCAAUGCAAGAUUUGUCUGUUUUUAUGCAAAAUGUUCAUUUAUGUUUGGUAGUUUAAUUUUUAACAGUGAUUAAGGAUUAAUCAGGUUGCAUAGAGAUGGAAAUGGAAUGGCUGGUUUGCAUUAAGUUCUCACAACUAACAACAAUGAAUGUUGCACACAAAGUACUAUAGAUGAACUGGAUUUACUUGAUUUUUUUUUUCUUAAAUGUGGUCACAAAUAAAAGCGAUAGCCAACAA